AGAUGGUCACAUGUAGUAAAUACUAACAGCGCCACCCUCAGGCACUCCAGGUAAAUGCAUGUACAUGCAUGACGGUUUCUGGAAGCAAACAAAAAGGGAUGCUUUUCCACUUCUGCCCCCAGUGUGGCACCAAACUACAGCCUGGCUUCCGGUUCUGCCCCUCCUGUGGGGACAAGCUGCAGUGUGUUGUGGACCCCUCUGGACCUGUGGAGGUUGCUUCCUCUGGAGUCUCUCAGCUUCAUGUCACUGAUGGUGUAAUUAUGACUGCUAAUGCAAGCAGUCCUACUCCAAGCACAGCACAGCUGACUAGCUGGGACACAGAAGGCCUCGUCUGUGCCACCCCCAGCCCUGUGUCGACCCGUCCCCCACUCCAUAGGACCUGUAACUCUGUCCCCGUGGCCUGGAGCGAGGAGGCUCCUAGUAGUAUAACCAGUCCCCCUGUCACAGCCUCCACAAAACAUACUGCAGAUCAAAGCCACAAAUCUGUUUUGUCUCCACGGAAACGACGUGCUCUCACCCCAAAAGAGGAACCGUCUGUGGAGCUUGCCACUUCACCUGGCUUUUCAUCUCUCCCCAGGUCCCCCUCCACAGUCAAGGGGAAGGCAAAGAAGGCCAAGCGGGUAUGUGCUGUGGAGCCACUGCAGGAAGGGGAAGAGCUUUGUGACACAACUGGCAGGAAAUGGAGGCUGUUGAAACUGUUGAGUCAGAGCGAUGCAGAGAUGUUCUAUGGAGUCCAGCAGAAUGGGCAAGGUGCCAAUUCCAGUGACUACAAGCACAUCCUCAAACUAGGGGCUAAGGACGGGAAGAUGUUUAAUGAGCAGAACUUCCUGCAGAGAGCUGCCAAGCCCUCAUCUGUGGACAAGUGGAUAAAGCAUGCCAAGAUGGACUUCCUUGGGAUUCCUUCCUGUGUAGGAUUUGGUCUCCAUGCAGACUCAUACAGGUUUUUGAUUUUCUCCAGCAUGGGCCAAACUCUUCAGUCUUUCAUGGAUGAGGGGGAGGGGCUCCUGUCUGAGAAAGUGGUCCUUCAGCUGGCCUGCAGAGUAUUGGAUGUGUUGGAGUUCAUCCAUGAAAAUGAGUAUGUUCACGCAGACAUCCAUGCUGAAAACAUCUACAUCAGCCCAGCACAACAAACACAGGUUAAUCUUGCAGGGUACUGCCAUGCUUUCCGGUACUCACCUGGUGGCCGGCAUGUGGAGUACCGUGAGGGUAGCCGAACACCAAAUGAAGGAGCCAUAGAUUUUAUAAGCCUGGAAUCUCACAAGGGAGCAGGUCCGUCUCGGCGUAGUGACCUGCAGGCUUUGGGCUACUGCAUGCUGCGCUGGUACACAGGGGCACUGCCCUGGACCUCCCUCACACACACUCCAGCCCGCGUUGCCACGGAGAAGGAGAGGUACAUGGAGGAUGUUCCAGGUCUCCUGAGUCACUGCUUCGGACAGAAGAAAGUCUCCAGUGCGCUGCAGGUGUACCUGUCUCAGGUGAUGGCUCUGCAGUACUCUGACCAGCCAGACUACAGGGCUCUGAGGGCAGGCCUUAGUGCAGCUCUGCAGAAGCUGGGAGGGUCACUGGAGCAACCCCUUGACCUUCAGGUCAGAACACCCACACAACCUCCACACUAUCCCCAAGCUCCAUUGAGAAAACAGUCAGAUGACCACAGAAACCUGGAACCUCCCCCUCCCCCCCAGCAGGUCUGACCAGAAACCUGUCCCUUCCAACUGGUUAGACCACUCAUCCUUACACUGCUGCCUGUUCAGGUUAUCUCCUGAACUAAUUUAGACCUCUACACCAGUCUGAAUGUUUGUUUUUAUCUUUAUCUCUCUUCAGAUGAAAGCGAUCUGAGGAAGAUGAUAUUUCGGGAUGAUAAUUCACUAAUGGAAUUUUUAGCCAGCUGUUUUUAAAAUGCUGACUUCAUGACUAUGUGGUGUGGGUCCUGCUGUGGUUUUACUGCACUCAAGGAGGAGCGUGUGAAGGUGCGUUUCAUUAAGUUCACUGGAGGUGCAGUGCACAGAAACUCCUGGUUAUGCCAGGUUAGUGAGCACUGCUGUACUGUGUUAUUGUCAGCAGUAGUUGGCGCUGUGGCAGUGAGUGGGUAGUUAAUGUUUAACCUAUGAAAUAAUACAGUUCAUAACAAAGAACCUUUGUUCAGGGUGGUAAUGAUUGUAAGUACAAAAAUGUACACUGUUCCAGUUAGGUGUUGUAGAUGUUCAUGAUAUGCAUUUUACUUUUUGUAUUGUUUUCAUAUCAGGAUAAUACUUUGUUAUUAAAGAGCUUUUAUUAAUUCAA